CGCAGGUGGGGAGGAUUUAAAACCCGGCUGGGAGCAAAAMGUCUCCAUCGCAGUCAGUUUGCUGGAGUCCAGAGGUAGGGGCUCGUCAUGUCUGCAGUCCAGGGGAACACGCUGAGACCUUACCAGGUGUACCAAGAAGGCUCUCCGCAGACGAGCGGCUUGAAUUCAGAGUUCUUCAACUCUGACCCCAUGGAGGACAGGUGCGUCUCGAUCCUGACCCACAGGAGAAAACGGACCAACUUCACUCAGCAGCAAAUCGAGCUGCUGGAGAAAGUUUACUCCGAUACAAAAUAUCCAGACAUUUACCUGAGGGAGAGGCUGGAGGCUGCGACCGGGCUGCCAGAGUCCAGAAUUCAGGUGUGGUUUCAGAACAGAAGGGCCAAAUCUCGUCGUCAAGUUCGCUCUUCAGUAAAGGCACCCAACACACCAGCUGGGGGGCGUUUUGUCCAUCUUCCAAGUAGAAUGGGUCCAGAAAAGGGUAUUUUUUUUAAUCGACUUACCAUCCAUUCAUGCCUGAAUGUUCAAGACCAUCCAUGUCAACUUGUUUUUCUUUUAGUUUAUGACAACACUGAGGUCCAUCAGAUAGGUGCUUUUUCUGAUGAGAGUUCAUCGAAGGUAGAGAGCGGGGAAACUCACGGGACCCAUUUUCCAACCAAACCCAGCGGCUUCAACCAGCCACCACCUUCCUGCCUCUACGCCAGGGACGAACCCAGAGCGACGCCGGCUGAGCCAACGCGGCCGAACCCGAGCUGCGACGUCCGUCUUCGCGCCAACAAAAGCGAGCACCGUGCCAAGACGGGAGCCAAAGCGACCGCUGACCCAAAGGUUCUGACGGAGUAUGAAAAUUUCCCGCCGAAUAAAACCAUCGGUCCGGAGAUGAAAGUCGUGAUUCCUCACAUCCCGAUCCGAAAUAACUUCAGCAGGUCAUCUCCAGAAAACAACGGGGGACAAAUGCAGUUUCCACAGCUGAGGGCCACAGAGGGGUUCUGUCACUUUUCUCCAAUCCAAACCACUGAAACGCAGGAAAUCACAGACUCUGACUCCGAGUGGGAAAACAAAACCAUCGUUGACUUUGGUGGCUUUAUGUAACAUUAAAGGCUUAAUGCAUCUUGUUAAGAAUGAUGAAAACCYGAAUUUAUUAUUAUAAAAUUGCAAAAAGGCUGGUGUUU